AUGUGGCUCCCCCUCCCCGACUUCCUCCUCCACGCCUUCCAAUCAACCUUCACAGCCGAACCACCACCGGGCUUGAUCCCGAUCCCUGGAACGAAGCCCCUAACGAUCGAGGCUGUACUCUGUCCAGUACUGUUGUACUACAUUGCACUGCUACUGCUUCCGCCUCCUCCGCCGCCUACGGUAGCGAGCUUCCACAUUGGCAUUCUACGAAACGCACUGGCGAUCUGUGCAGCAUACCUCUUCUUCAAGCUCCCACUGGCGUACCAUGUACCGCAGAGUAUUGGGCUGACUUACCAGCUUGGGUUAGUUGGACUGUACGGCGGGUUGAGAGUUCUGGAUGCGUUUUUUGUUAGUUUUUACGGCUUUGGUCAUGUCCCGAGGCGGGUGAGGUAUUAUCACAACACUCGGCCGGAGACGCCAAGAGCUGAGGUGGCUCCGAGGAUCUGGUCUGAUGGCGGAGGUCCGAUGAGGAAAGCCUCGUUGUCUCAGCCAGCGGAGGAAAGUCGCAAAGUGCAGGCCAAUGUUUCGGCGAAGACUACGGGGAGCGAUGCGUUGGGUGUUCCUAAACGUCCGGGGAUGCAACGGGGUGUGUCGCAGUCUGAUAUGCUGGAGAAUAUGACGAGCCAGUUGUACUCGGACAUUUUGUCGAGGGAUGAGAGUUAUACGACGAUGCUGAAGAGACUCAUCGAUGGGCCGAAGCCGAUUCCAGUGGAUGAGAUUGCGGUGACGGAGGAUGGCUAUCCACAUGGUUUCGCAGACCGUGCAGCGUGGGCCUUGGAGUUGGAGCUGUCUAUGAGAGGCGUCGGCUUUACUUGGACUACGGCGGACGUGCGGCAUACGAAGAAGACGUGGUUGCCGACUCCUCAGAAUCGCCUGCAUUCGAUUCUGGUGCAUGUGGGUCCGGUUUUGGUGGUGGCGUGGGCUGUUAUCAAGACGAUGUACGUCAAUCGACUGGCUCCUAUGAGCGAGAGGGAGUUGCCACCCAGCUCGCCAUUCGAUGAAUUGUCUUUGCCUGAGCAGUAUCUUCUGACGGCAGCGCUGGGUGCUUUCCUCAUGGCCGCAUUCUCACUUGGACAUAGCAUCUUUGCCAUAAUGUGUGCACCACUUGCGCCUUCGCCACUGGCUUUCUUUCCGCAGCUCUACACGACGCGCGUUUGGGACAUCGCCUCGGCUCGCGGCUUCUGGUCGUAUGGAUGGCACAGACUUUUCGCUCGUCUUUUCUUGGUAUGGGGUGUGUGGCCUGGUGAAUGGGUGGAGCGCAAGUUGACAGGCGAAUCCCCGGAUGAGCGAGCAGAUGUUGGCAAAGUGCUUGGUGGUUUCUUGAGCUCGGCUUUGGUGCAUUCGUUCUGUGUACGAGGGACGCUUGGCGGUAAAUGGAGUGACGCUGCUGGCGAGGCUUGGCUCUUCGCGCUGAAUGGCGUUGCUGUGAUUGCAGAAGAAGGCGUAAGGCGGAGCAUUCACCGAUGGCGCAAGAACCAUCAUCAAGCAGAGAGCCAGUGGUCGUAA